AUGAGGGCUAGGUCGCUUCUAAUCAAAGCAACAACCUGUGGGAAACGCUACCUGCACCUGCCUCUGGCUAGCCCCAGUAGUUCUCACGGCGACAGGCGGCUCCGAGGGGGCUUCCGGGACCCAAGGCUGCCUGCCCGGCUUGGUUCCCAGCCUGUCACCCAGAGCUGUAUUCCAGCCAAGCCACUUUGUGACGGAGGAAACUCGCAAAAAGGCAGUUUGAAGGCAGCUGAGGAGGGCGGCGUGUACAGAGAUGCCAAGGGACCUCCCAUCUCUGACAUCCUCGUUCACCUUCAGUGCAGACACGAGGACCGAGGACCAGCUUCUGCUCUGUGGCCCCGCGCCAGCCGCAGCCUGCGCUCCUCCCAGGAAGGGCUCUGCCACCCGCUCCUGUGCUGCCCUAAAGGCCAUGCUGAACUUGGCAAGCCCCGGGAAAGAAGCUGCAGUCUGCCCGGCAUUAAUUUUAAUUACGGACUGUACAUCCGAGGGCUUGAUGGAGGGGUCCCUGAAGCCAUCGGGAGCUGGAACGUGUUUAAGCAGCAGCCCACCUGCCCCCAAGAGCUGACCCGGAACUACAUCGCAAUGAACCGCGGGGCAGUGAAGGCCGGCCUGGUGACUGCCCGGGAGAACUUCCUCUACCGUCAGCUCAACGACAUCCGCAUCAGUGACCAGGAUGACCGGCACCUGAAGAAGGAGCCCUCUCUCCCUCCAAACAUGACAUUUGGGAUCCGGGCGCGGCCUUCGACACCCUUCUUUGAUCUGCUGCAGCACCGGUACCUGCAGCUGUGGGUACAGGAACAAAAGGCCGCCCAGAAAGCCAUCAAACUGGAGAAGAAGCAGAAGGUGAUCCUUGGGAAGCUGUAUGAGACCCGGAGCAGUCAGCUGAGGAAGUACAAGCCACCCGUGAAGCUGGACACCCUCUGGCACAUGCCUCACUUCCAGAAGGUGGGUCGCCAUCUCGACACGUUCCCCACGGAGGCCGAUCGACAGCGAGCACUGAAAGCCCACCGGGAAGAGCGUGCCGUGCGCCAAGGCACCCUGCGGAUGGGCAACUACACCCACCCCUAGACCCUCCCUCGCCUGCCACGAAAAGCCAUCUUGACAUAGUAGAAAAUUCCUAGAAGGACUCCCUGUCUUGUCCCAACCCUGACAUUCCCCAUUUUUAGGCAGGUUCUGCUUCGAGGACCUCAGAUUCAAGUCUUAGGUUAAUUGUUUUUUGGUGAAAGUCCCCCCUUUUACAUUAGUCAACAUUAGUCUCCACUUUGCCUCAGUGACCCUCUAUCUGGGGCCGCCUCCUCCUCCUCCUCCCCCCCUUCCUCCCCCUCCUCCUCCUCCUCCUCCUCCUCCUCCUUCUCCUCCUCCUCACAGGGCAGGCUGACCCUGCCUCUUCUCAAGCCCUCACCUGUCAAGACAAACCCAAAUUACAGGACAAUAUUUUAGAUUCCAGGCUAAGGGUCGACUCCAUGGCUCUGCCCAUUAAGUGUUCAGUGUUUUUCCUGCAGAAAGCAUGACAGUGAUGCGCUUUGAAAGCCCUAAUUUUCUAUUCCAAACAUGAGUUUUAAUUGCUCUUUUUGGGAUGCCUGAUGUCUCAUCACAGCAGUAUUAUCUCUCUGGGACCUCUGACAGCAGGAAGAGCCAAUGGUUCAUUACUCCAGCCUGCCCCCGCCUCCUCAGUGCCGGCGCCGUUAAUCAGGCAGACCAAGUUGGACUCCUCCCGCAGGACUGACUUUGGAAGGUCAUCCCCCUCUGGAAAAAGAGAGCCUUCUGGGUGGUCGAGGGGGUAGACUGCAGGAACACAGGCCGCUGAGCUUCUCAGCCAAACUCCUGGGCACUUCCUCACUCGGCCUUUCUGUGUGUUCUUUGGUUUCUCUCUGCAAAUUAUAUGCUGAUCUAUUUUAAAUU